CAGCGUCACGCCCAUACCUGUUAGAUCCAGGAAACCUGGCGCUGUCAGAAGCCUUUGUACAUUUUCUAGAGCUGUCGUCUUAUUCUUCUAUAAUCUAAUAUUGGAUAUUGGAUUGAACUACAUUCUUUACUUUGUAAAGGACGCCCACGAGGGAUUACUCCUCUGGUGACCUGGUCCGUAAGAGCAGCUCCUGGGACCGGUUUUGCUCCGAAGCCCAGUACCUGUGCCUCCACCGCCUCUCAGUACCACGCUGCUCCCAGCUCAAACAGAGCCCUACAAUGGAGGACACAGUAUGGGAACAGUUCAAUGUCACACUACACCGGGACUCGAAGAUGGGCUUCGGGAUGGCGGUCUCCGGGGGUAGAGACAACCCCAACGUUGACAGCGGGGAGACCUCCAUCAUCGUGUCUGACGUGCUGCAGGGAGGCCCUGCGGACGGACUGCUAUUCGAGAAUGACCGGGUUGUUCUCGUUAACUCCACUCCUAUGGACAACGUGCCUCACUCAUUCGCAGUUCAGCAGCUGAGAAAAUGCGGGAAAGUGGCCAAAAUAGUCGUGAAGAGGCCCAAGAGGGUUCCGAUUCGCGCCCCCUCUCCUGAAGACCGUGUGUUUGGCGCCGCGGAUUACCAUGACGACUACGACCGGCAGAGCAUUUAUAGCGCGCGGAGCGGCCAGACCGACAGCAGCUGGCAGGGCGGGUACCCCCGCGACCGCAGCCCUGAGCGCAACCGGGGAGGCUACCUGGACCCCGAGUACCGAGGGCGGGACUACGACCGCGACCGCGACCGCCUCCACGCUGGGGAGGGCGGCAGGGGCCGGAGCAGGGAGCGGGGCCGGAGCCCGGACAGGGACUUCCGGCGGGAUGGCAGCAGGGGGCGCGCUCUGGACAGAGAGCCCAGCCCCGAGCCACGGGGCUACCGCAGAGACCGCAGCAGGGGCCGGGACCUCACCCCCGAACCCCGGAACCACCCCCGGGACCGCAGCCCUUCUCCCCGGGGCUAUCCCAGGGACCCCAGCCCGGCCCGGAACUACCCCCGAGACCGGAGCCCUUCCCCCCAGGGCUAUCCCAGGGACCCCAGCCCAGCCCGGAACCACCCCCGAGACCGAAGCCCCUCUCCCCGAGGCUAUCCCAGGGACCCCAGCCCAGCCCGGAGCUACCCCCGAGACCGGAGCCCUUCCCCCCGCAGGAGGUACGAGCCCCGCCCUCCGGAGCCCCGCCCCCGGGCCGCCAGCAGGGAUCGCCUGCAGGACCGCUCCCCCUCCCCCCCACCCCCACCCAACCGCAGCCGCGUACCAGAGCGCAACCUGGAGCCCCUGGAGAAACCGGUCAACGUCGUCCUGCAGAAGAACCGUCCCAACGAAGAGUACGGUCUCCGUCUGGGCAGUCAGAUCUUCAUUAAAGAAAUGACCAGCACUGGACUGGCUAAUAAGGACGGGAACCUGGAAGAAGGAGAUAUCAUUCUGAAGAUUAACGGGACAGUGACAGAGAAUAUGUCACUGGUGGACGCGGGGAAGCUGAUCGAGAAGUCCCGCGGCCGGCUGCAGCUGGUGGUGCAGAGGGACCACCGGCAGGUCCUGAUCCGAAUCCCGCCCAUGGUGGACAGCGACUCGGAGCCUGACGAUAUCUCUGAGAUCGAGUCGUAUCGCUCCUACUCGCCCCAGGAAGACCGCCAAUCCCACCAUUCCGACCUGUCCUCCCAUUCCUCCACUGAGAGGCUACGGGAAAAGCCCAGGGAAGACCCCCCUAGUAGACUGGCUAAGAUGGGUGCCAUGCCAACACCAUUCAAAAUCCCUGAUGACCACCUACCUGCCGUGGAGAAGAGGGAGGAGUCACAAACAAUGAAGUCUCCAGUUGAGAUCAAGGAGCGUCGCCCACCCAUUCCAAAGAUCCAGCUUCGCCCCAGUGAAGAGGACCUGGAGAUGUAUGGGCCGAACACAACGAUGGUGAGGUUUGUGAAGGGCGAGAGUGUGGGGCUUCGGCUGGCGGGGGGAAACGACGUGGGCAUCUUCAUCGCAGGACUGCAGGAGGGCAGCCCUGCCGAGCAGGAGGGCCUCCGCUCCGGCGACCAGAUCAUGAAGGUGAAUAACACAGACUUCCGAGGAAUGGUGAGGGAGGAUGCUGUGCUCUUCCUGCUGGAGAUCCCGAAAGGCGAGGAGGUGACCAUCCUGGCACAGAGCAAAGCUGAUGUGUAUGAGGACAUCCUGGCGUCGGGCCGCGGGGACUCGUUCUUCAUCAGGACACACUUUGAGUACGAGAAGGAGACGCCGCAGAGCCUGGCGUUUGGCCGGGGCCAGAUCUUCAAGGUGGUGGACACACUGUACGGCGGGAAGCUGGGCAGCUGGCUGGCUGUGCGCACGGGCCAGGACAACCAGCUCCUGGACAAGGGCAUUAUCCCCAACAAGAGCAGGGCGGAUCAGAUGGCCAACGUGCAGAACGCCCAGCGCGCAGCAGGCGGCGAUAGAGGAGAUUUCUGGCGGCUCAGGGGUCAGAGGCAGGGGAAAGGCAAGAAGAAAGACCUGCGCAAGAGCAGAGAGGACCUGACCGCCACGCCCGUCACCACCCGCUUCCCUGCAUACGAGAGAGUGGUGCUGAGAGAGGCUGGGUUUAAGAGACCGGUGGUCCUGUACGGACCGAUAGCAGACGCAGCCAAUGAGAAGCUGGCGGCUGAACUUCCUGAUCUCUUUGUCAUCGCCCGGACGGAGCCGAGAGAUGCAGGCUCAGACCAGUCCUCUGGGGUGGUGAGGCUCAACACCAUUCGCCAGAUCAUCGAGCAGGACCUGCACGCCCUGCUGGACGUGGCUCCUAAGGCAGUGGACACGCUGAACUACACGCAGUGGUACCCCAUCGUCAUCUUCUUCAACCCCGACAGCAAGCAGGGCGUGAAGGCCAUGAGAUCCCGCCUCAUGCCCUCAUCCAACCGCAGCUCACGCAAGCUCUACGAGCACGCUGUCAAACUGAGGAAGACCUGCGCCCACUUCUUCACCGACACGAUUGACCUGAACUCUGCGAACGACGCCUGGUACGGCAGCGUCAAAGACUCCAUCCGGGAGCAGCAGAACCGGGCCGUCUGGGUGUCUGAGAGCAAGAUGGACGGCUCAGAGGACCUGGACCUGCAGGAGGACCGCAUGUCCUACCUGUCGUCCAUGAGUGCGGACUACCUGAGCAUGGACAGCCGUCUGAUCAGCGACUACGACGACACCGCAGACGAGGGCGGGGCCUACACGGACAACGAGCUGGACGAGCUGAUGGACGAGCCGCAGGGCGUGCCGCAGGUGUCCUCCAUCAGCCGAUCCUCCGAACCCGUCCUGCCCGAGGAGUUUCACAGGCCUGUCCCAGAGCCCCGCAGUCCCAUGAAGAGAUCAGGGAGCAGAGAGGUUCUGAGGGACCCCAGUCCCCCUCCUUCCUUCGUUCCUGAACCCCCCAAGCCCAGGACGCAGGACAGCAGGAAGGGGGACUCUCACUCCAGCACUCCCGGCAGCAGUGACCAGGACCGGCAGGACCCCAAGCCCCUGCCCCCACCCGUGGCUCUCAAACCUAACCGGGGCUCCAGGGGGCCCCAUGACGCCCAGCCGGGCCCCGAAUCCCCCACGAAGAGCCAGGAUGACCCUGCCGAGAAGUCCUUCAUGGGGAAGGUGAAGGCCUUUCAGCAGAUGGAGCACCAGGCCAGAGCUCAGAGAAUCCUGGAGCUACAGGAAGCCCAAAAUGCCAGGGUGGAAAUAGCCCAGAAGCAUCCAGACAUCUAUGCCAUUCCAGUUAAACCACCAAAACCAGACCACAAUCGACCACAACCAAUAGGUUCCAGCUCGGUCCCGGAGCCUCAGACCCCUCCCCCCAGGCCACCGUACGAAGAGGAAGAGGAAGAGUACCGCCGGCAGCUGGCCAAUCGGACCAAGGGCUAUUACUCUCAAGGGGGGAAAUACAAGGACACUGAGCUGUAGAUAGAGCCCCGCCCUCUCAUAGGGGCUCCACCCCGCCCCUAACAACCACACCAAGUGCCCCGACCCUAACAACCACUCCCAAGUGCCCCGCCCCUAACAACCACACCCAAGUGCCCCGUCCAUAAAGCCAAUCCACAAAAGCGUUUGUCUGUCUGUCUGUGGGUUAGGUUUUAUUCCCCAACUCCUCUAGAGGUGAAUGAGACCUCACUGCUGUUCACGUCUUUGUUGCUUAAACUGCUAGCGUACCUGGCUAACACAAAACUUUCUCACAAUGCUGCAGCCAUGUAUUGGCAAUGUUAUAACAGACAAAACAUUGUAGUACCUUUGUCAGGACAUUUUGUGUUUGCUGGGUGGUUAUGAGUAUUGUAUGCCAUCCAAGCUUUCCUAUCCCUGAACUUGGGUAAUUUGUGGCCUCUGUGCAUAUAAAUGUCACUUAUAUUAUACUGAUUUUUUUAAAUUUUAGACUCUGUUUAUAUAUAAACUUUAUAAAUAAAACUUUAAUCUGCCAGUUCUGAA